AUGGGCGAGCGUUGCCGUGCGGUGCUGCGGGUGCUGGUGCUGCAGGCGGCCUGGGCGCUGGCGGGCGGGCAGGUGCGCUACUCGGUGCCGGAGGAAGCCAAGGCCGGCACGGUGGUGGGCCGUCUGGCGCAGGACCUGGGCCUGGAGGCGGGCGAGGCGGAGGCGCGGCGGCUGCGGCUGGUGGCGCAGGGCCGGCGGGCGAGCGUGGAGGUGAGCGGGGCGAGCGGCGCGCUGCUGGUGAGCUCGCGGCUCGACCGGGAGGAGCUGUGCGGCAAGAGCGCGCCGUGCGCGCUGCGCCUGGAGGUGCUGCUGGAGCGGCCGCUGCGCGUCUUCCAUGUGCAGCUGGAGGUCACCGACAUCAACGACAAUGCCCCCAUCUUCCGUGUGGACGAGGAAACCCUGAACAUCGCGGAAUCGUCUUUGCCGGGGUCUCGUUUCCCUCUGGAGGGCGCGUCGGAUGCGGAUAUCGGAGCGAACGCGCAGCUCUCCUACACACUCAGCCCCAGCGAGCACUUUUCUCUGGAUUUACAAAAAACCGAUGAGGACGGUGAAUCCUUAUUCUUCGUGCUCACGAAAUCUCUGGACCGCGAGACGAUUCCCGUGCACCGGUUGGUGCUGACGGCGACUGACGGGGGCCGGCCGUCUCUGACGGGCACCAUGGAACUGGUGAUCUCAGUGCUGGAUGCAAACGACAACGCGCCCCAGUUCAACCAAUCGGUGUAUAAAGUGCAACUGCCAGAAAACGCAGAACGCGGCACUUUGGUGAUCAAACUGAAUGCCACAGAUUUGGAUGAGGGGUCCAACAGUAAAAUUUACUACUCGCUCCAAAUCCUUUCCCCGCAGGAGGGAAAAGACGUUUUCGGACUUGAGAGAAACAGGGGAGAGAUUCGUCUGACCGGUGACUUAGACUUUGAGGAAGUUAGUCUCUAUCGCUUGCAAGUGGACGCGACAGAUAACGGGACACCCCCGCUGUCCGGUCACUGCAAGGUGGUGCUGGAGGUGGUGGACGUGAACGACAACGCGCCGGAGGUGUGGGUGACGUCGCUGUCGGUGCCGGUGCCGGAGGACGCGUCGGUGGGGACGGUGGUGGCCCUGCUGAGCGUGUCGGACCGAGACUCGGGGGCGAACGGGCGCGUGCGGUGCUGGGUGUGGCCGGCGGCGCCGUUCGGGCUGGAGGCGACGUUCGCGGGCUCGUACUCGCUGGUGCUGCGCGAGGCGCUGGACCGGGAGCGGGUGUCGGAGUACGAGGUGGAGGUGCGUGCGGAGGACGGCGGGGCGCCGGCUCUGGGCGCCAGGCGCGGGCUGCGGGUGCCGGUGUCGGACGUGAACGACAACGCGCCCUUGUUCGCGCAGGCCGUGUACACGGUGCUGGCGCGGGAGAACAACGCGGCGGGCGCGGAGCUGGCGCGGCUGUGGGCGCGGGACCCGGACGAGGCGGGCAACGGGCGCGUGAGCUACUCGGUGUGGGAGGGCGCGGCGGGCGGUGUCGGGGCCGCGGCUGGCAGCGGCUGGCGUGCGGCGUCGAGCUACGUGUCGGUGGACGCGGAGAGCGGGCGCGUGUGGGCGCUGCAGCCCUUGGACUACGAGGAGCUGCAGGUGCUGCAGUUCGAGGUGCGCGCGGUGGACGCGGGGGAGCCGCCGCUGUGCGGCAACGCCACGGUGCAGCUCUUCGUGCUGGACGAGAACGACAACGCGCCGGCGCUGCUGCCGCCCGCGGGCUCGGCGCCGGAGGCGGGCGCCGUGGCGGCCGAGGCAGCCUCCUCAUCGUCGUCGUCGUUGGUGGGGCCGGUGUCGGGGUCGGGCACGCUGUGGGCGUGGGCGGCGUGGGGGGCGCCGGCGGGCCAGGUGGUGGCCAAGAUCCGCGCCGUGGACGCCGACUCGGGCUACAACGCGUGGCUGCGCUACGAGCUGUGGGAGCCGCGGGCCAAGGGCCCGUUCCGCGUGGGGCUCUACAGCGGCGAGGUGAGCACGGCGCGGCCGCUGGACGAGGCGGACGGCGCUCACCACACGCUGCUGAUCGUGGUGCGCGACCACGGCGAGCCGGCGCGCUCGGCCACGGCCACGCUCAGCGUGUCGCUGCUCGAGGCCAACGAGGCGGCGCUGGCCGCGGGAUCCUCGGCGUCGUCGUCAGGGUCGCGGUCGGCGGUGGGCGUGGAUGUGGGCGGUGCUGCGGCCAGCGCGGCGACCAACGUGUGGCUGGUGGUGGCGAUCUGCGCCGUGUCGAGCCUGUUCCUGCUGGCGCUGGUGCUGUACGGGGCGUCGCGCUGGGCGCCGCGGGCGGCCGUGCUCUCGGGGCCCGGGCCCACGACGCUCGUGUGCGCCAGCGAAGUGGGCAGCUGGUCGUACUCGCAGCGCCACAGCCGCAGCCUGUGCGUGGCGGACGGCGCGGCCAAGAGCGACCUCAUGGUUUUCAGCCCCAACUUCCCUCCGCCGCCGACCGGCGCCGCGCCCAAGGACACGCAGCCGGAGCCCUCCGCUCUCCUCCAUACGCCAAAACACCCCAAUCCGGACUGGCGCUACUCUGCAUCCCUGAGGGCAGGAAUGCAAAGUGCUGUGCAUAUGGAGGAGGCAGCAGUCCUGCGUGGAGGAGCAGCAGGGCCUGAGCAGCAGUGGCCAACAGUCUCCAGUGCCACAGCAGAACCUGAGGCGGGAGAGGUGUCCCCCCCAGUGGGAGCUGGUGUGAACAGCAACAGCUGGACCUUUAAAUUUGGACCGGGCAAUUCCAAACAAGGUGGUCCUGGUGAGUUGCCAGACAAAUUCAUUAUCCCGGGAUCUCCUGCAAUCAUCUCCAUCCGGCAGGAGCCACCAAACAGCCAAAUUGACAAAAGUGACUUCAUAACCUUUGGCAAGAAAGAAGAGACCAAGAAAAAGAAGAAAAAGAAGAAGGGAAACAAGACUCAGGAGAAAAAGGAAAAGGGCAACAGCACCACUGAGAACAGUGACCAGUGAGGGAGUUAUACUGAGAAAACCCUCUUAGCCAGUUUUUGUAAUAAUGGCAGAUUUCUCCUAUGUAGCAAAUCCCAACUUCUUCCUACUGUUAACAAAUUUCCUGUAUGUACAGACUUGAGAAAAUCAGCAGGAAAUUCAGUGUCUGUCUAAAUUGCUUAACAGGUUUUGUCUUAAAAGCUUUAUUAAGUCUGGUGUUAACUCUUUUUCUCCACUCUGGCUUGUUUUCAGAAUCUAAAAAGCAGACACAAGUUUCCUUUCUCCUACGCCGAAAAGGAGAAUCUUCACAGUACAGCCAGUGAGAGGUUGGACUCUGCACUGUGGUUCCUGUGCUCCUGUCUUGAUGACACUUACAGGACAGGUUUAAAAGUUUUAAUGUUGUGCACCCUCUAUCUGAUUGGAAAUUUUUGUGUGCAGAUGUCAGCUAGGUGAUAUGAAAUCAGAUUAUAAAAUGCAAGAAGAGCUGGUAAAUAUGCAACAGAGGAAACACCUGAUGAACACAAAUGUUCAAAGAUGUUCAGGCUGGGGAGAAAAUGUCUGAAAGGAGAUUGAGCAGACUUGUCAAAUCCUGAGAAGUCAAUGUGUGGAAAUACUGACUCCUAUACAUGACGUAUUGUACACACUGCUUCAAAUGAAACCUCACAUUUACAGCUCUUUAAGACACCAUCAAUUAAAUCUCUUUACCAAACAAGCCAUUGGAAAAAUUGUCCCUUAAAGCCCUGCAUUACCCUGGUAAGGCUAGCCCUCAGAGAGUAACAAGGGCUGGGCUGACAUCCCAGGAAUGUGACUGUGAUGCUGUGUGUCCCUAUUUCCACAUUAUUUUGCACAUUAUGUCUCUGAAAAGGUCAGAGUUUCUCCACGACACUUAUGCAAAAGAGAGAAAAAAAAUUAACGUUAACUAUGCUAUUUGUUAUUUGAGAUAUUUAUUUAUAAAGAAAUAUAGCUGUAAAUGUUAAAGAAAUAUGAUGCCCUUUAACCCAAACAGAAGUCAGUCUAGAGCCAUUAUAAAUUACAAUUGCUGCUAUUAAAGUGCUUUAGAAAAAUUGCCUGAAACAUCUGUAUUAUAUCGGCCACUUGCCAAUAACAGCUUUAUUCUGUCGGGUGACUUGGGGGCUGCCUCUUGCAUGUAUUCAUAAAUACAAGAAUAUCUUCUCUUUUCUUUUAUUUUGCAUUAUUCUGCACUUUGAAUACACCUUUGCAAACAAACUGUCCUAAAUAUGAAGAAGCAGAAGCGAACUCCUCACACACAUGGAUUUACUGACCUGCUAGCUCUGUGCAGUACCUUGGUGUUACCUCCCACACGACCUUUUCUGCUUUUAGUUUUACUUUUCUAUGAGAUUAUGAAUUUCUGAUCCUAUUAACACUCCUUAUGUAAAAUUCAAGUACUGUAUGUAUGCUGUAUGCUCUUAUAAGAAUCCUGAAAUAUUUAUUCUGUGCUUGUGUAUGUGAAUGUCAAUGCAACUAUUAUUAGAGUGGACUUUAAGCUUUACCGUUGAAUGUAAAUUCAUUAUUUCUUUUUUGUACACUUGUGAUAAAGUGGAGUAGUGUUAAUUUUUUAAGCCACUGUUGAUUAUCAGUUGUUUUGGAUUUUUUUUUUUGUGUAUGAAACACAAGUAAAAUAUCUUUCUUAAACCAAGCCAUGCAUGCAUUUUGGGAUUUAUUGGUAAGAAUCUGUGAAGCUGAAGUUCUGUGAAUUACUAAACCUAAGGAUAUAAAUGGAGUACUGAAUGUGGCUGAGGAUGUUGAUCUAAAACCAAUACAUGUAUUUUUAAACAGAAUAUAGCUGAUGAGGGAAUUCCAAGGAGUUUUCUACGUUAUUGUACAUUCACAGAAUAAAGCUCAAGUGUCGUGUUAA